AUGGGAGCAGGAGCCGGAGCGGGAACCGGAGCCGGAGCGGGAGCCGGAGCGGGCGUCGCGCUGGUGCUGGUGCUGGUGGCGCUGGGCUGCGGGGCGGCGCAGGAGCUGAGCCCCCGCGGCAGGAACGUCUGCAGAGCCGCCGGCUUCUCGGUGCUCGUGUGCUGCCCGGGAUGGAGGCAACAAGGAAAUGAGUGUUUAAUAGCCRUGUGCGAGGGCAACUUCACCUGCAAGGAGAACGAGGUGUGCGUGAGGCCCGGCGAGUGCCGCUGCCGGCACGGCUACUUCGGCGCCAACUGCGACACCAAGUGUCCCCGCCAGUUCUGGGGUCCCGACUGCAAGGAGAUGUGCAGCUGCCACCCAAACGGGCAGUGUGAGGACGUGACGGGCCAGUGCACCUGCAACCCCAACCGCUGGGGGCCCAAGUGCGAGAACGGCUGCCUCUGCAAGCACGGCAAGUGCGACCAGAAGACGGGCAAGUGCACCUGCGAGCCCAACUGGUGGGGCCCCCAGUGCUCCAGCUCCUGCUACUGCAGCCACAACUCGCAGUGCGACCAGCAGACGGGCAACUGCCUGUGCCAGCCGGGCUGGUGGGGCCGCGGCUGCAACAACCAGUGCUCCUGCAACAACUCGCCCUGCGAGCAGUUCACGGGGCGCUGCCAGUGCCGCGAGAGGACCUUCGGGCCCCGCUGCGACCGCUACUGCCAGUGCUACAAGGGCAAGUGCAACCAGGUGGACGGGACGUGCACGUGCGAGCCGGGAUACCGGGGCAAAUACUGCCGCGAGCCCUGCCCGGCCGGCUUCUACGGGCAAGGCUGCCGCAGGCGCUGUGGGCAGUGCAAGAGCCUGCAGCCCUGCACGGUGGCCGAUGGGCGCUGCCUGACGUGCGAGGCCGGCUGGAACGGCACCAAGUGCGACCAGCCCUGCUCGCCCGGCUUCUACGGCGAGGGCUGCGAGAAGAUGUGCCCCCCGUGCAAGGAUGGGCACACCUGCAACCACAUCAACGGCAAGUGCUCGCACUGCAACCCUGGCUGGAUCGGAGACCGGUGUGAGACCAAGUGCCGCAACGGGACGUACGGCGAGAACUGCGCCUUCGUGUGCAGCGACUGUGUCAACGGCGAGUGCCACUUCGAGACGGGCAGAUGCCUCUGCCGCGCAGGCUCCCACGGCACCUACUGCAACCUGACAUGCCCGCCGGGCCACUUCGGAGCCAACUGCGCGCAGGCCUGCAGCUGCCACGACGACGCGUGCGACCCGCUGACGGGCGCCUGCCACAUGGAGGCCAACCAGCGCAUGGGCGUCAUCGGCGCCGGGGCGCUGCUGGCGCUGCUGCUCAUCCUGCUGCUCUCGCUGCUCUGCUGCUGCUGCGUCUGCCGCAAGAAGGACGAAGGCCACGGCACCAACCAGGACCCGGCGGCAGCCAAGAAACCGCCGCGCCGCCUGUGCGGCCGCUUCAGCCGCAUCAGCAUGAAGCUCCCGCGCAUCCCCCUGCGCCGCCAGAAGCUGCCCAAGGUCGUAGUGGCCCAUCACGACCUGGAGAACACCAUGAACUGCAGCUUCAUCGAGCCGCCCUCCGUGGUGGAGCAGCCCUCGCCGUCCUGGUCCUCGCGCGGCUCCUUCUCCUCGUUUGACACCACGGACGAGGGGCCCGUGUACUGCGUUCCCCACGAGGAGAGCGUGGGUGACAGCAAGGACAGGGGCACGUCCUGCAGCCUGGGGGAGAAGCCGGGGCCCACGGCCGGGCCGGAGGAGGCCGGCGAGUACACGUUCCUGAAGGAGACGGGCUCCGUCAAGGCCUUCCAUGCCGACAGCAGCGAGACGCCCCUGCUCAAGUCGUCGGACAGCGAGCGCUCGUCCUGCGGGUCCGGCUCGGCUAGCGCCGCGCUCUACGCCAGGAUCGCGCGGCUCUCCAAGCAGUCCAAGGAGGAGGAGGAGAGCCCGGCCGAGCCCAGGAGCCCCGCAGGCAGCGCAAAGCCACCGUCGCCCGAGAGAACCAAGCCCCGUCCGCCUGACCCGUCCACGAAGCCCAAAGUGUCCUGGAUCCACGGCAGGUACAACUGCAACCAGUCCAACUCGCUGCCUGCKCCCAGCCGGUCCCCGGAGAGAGCAGCCGCCCCGCUCAGCGGCGCCGAGCAUGGCCCGGCCUUGGCCAAGAGGAAGAGGAGUCCAAGCGAGACGUCGGCCAGCGUGCACAGCAAAGCGGACGAGAAGGGCAGCGCCCGGGGCAAGGAGAAGGCGCAGAAGCCUCCGAAGGAGCCGGGCUUCCCGGAGGGCAAAGCCUCCCUCCCCGCGGAGCCGCAUUCGCCAUCCAAGCCCAAGCAGAGGGGCAGGGCCAGCACGGAGCAGAUGGAGAACAUCAACGGCGCGGUGCAAAACGCCUUCAAAAAGAUGGGCGCUUUCCACGCGGAGCGGCGCGCGGGCGAGAGCCGGGAGGCCCCGCGCAGCCCCAGCGCCGGCAAGCCACGCGCUGAGAGCCUGCACCCGCACCUGAGCUCCGAGGCGGCCACGCUGCUGGCCGCCCAGCUGAAGGAAAAGACUCAGAGCCUGCACAAGGGCGACGGUGGCGCCCGGCAGAACGGGCUGGGCGCCCUGCAGCCCCCGCGCGAGAAGCCCACGCCGCCGCAGAAAGCCAAGCGCUCGGCGAGCGCCGGCGGCCAGAAGGCCGGCAAGCCCGCGCUGCCCACGUCCGCCAACCUGCAGAAACUGAUCCCCGCCGUGGCCGAGCCCGUGGCCGGGGAGCCGCAGCGGGCUGAGAAGCAGAGCUCCGGCAGCGGCCCCGAGGCGGCCGCCCCGAGCGAGGCGCCCGCCAAGAAAACACCCAUUAAAAAGCCUCCGCGGAAGAAAAGCCGAGAAGCCACCCUCGAGCAGCCCAAAGCAGCCGUGGGGCCCUCUCAGACAGUGCAGUAGUGAGGAGCGUGCCCGGCUCGGCCCUGGCCUGCGCGCGCCAGGCACCCGGGCAGCAGGAGGGACAUUUGCAAACGUGACCAGCAGAGGCAGAGGCUCAAACUGGGCAGCGAGAACCCCCGAGCCCUCUCCUCCCGCUCCCUCCCCACUGCCCCGGCCUUUUGUUGUUUCUU